ACACCCGCUAGUGUUCCCACUGUUCUGUGACUCCACUUCGCUAUCCGGCUGCGAUCGUUAGUUUUCGUCACGAAGCGGACGAGGGAGUGUAGCCUAGUCAUACGGGCAAGUAGGUGGAGAAAAUAAAAUAAUCAACGAUAUUUACGAUAAGCGACAGCCAACACCGUGAGAAAGUGAAAGUGGCACCAGUUGGCAGUCCCAAAGACCGUCGUUUGAUCUGCUUUUCAUAGCUGUCAACUGUUAUUGAGUGAGGUCUCCUCCUAGUUGGUGACGGAUACAUUAGGCGACACGGGGAGACCAGCUUGUAUUGCCCUCGCCAGAUUUCGUAAGAUUAGAUUUCAAAAUAUUUGACGAGUGGUGUGGAGGCCAAGAUGUCAUCGAAGAUGCCAAGCUCUAACAACGUAACUCAGGCCAGAAGGACAGUACAACAGCUAAAGAUAGAGGCCAGUAUUGAGAGGAUAAAGGUAUCCAAGGCCUCAGCGGACCUCAUGCACUACUGUGGCGAACAUGCCAAGUACGACCCUCUGCUCAUGGGCAUCCCUGCCUCAGAGAACCCCUUCAAGGACAAAAAACCUUGCGCUAUAUUGUAAUGACCCCUUUAUGUAUCUGUUGGCUUUUUAAUGUUCCUGUAUGUCUUUUUUUUCUACUCAUCCACCCGUCAUGCCUUAUAGCCUAUAACCUUACCCUUUAAUGAAAAUGUUGUAUUUUAUCACUCACGUUGAACAUACUUACAGACAUAACAUACAGUGCAUUGAUACAGUACAUCGUUCAAAUAUACCUUGGGACACUGACUGUUAAUGUGUGUCUGAUUUAGCUCAGUGGAUUUAACCGAUGUUUCCGACCAGCAAUUUAACAAGUCUGUUUUAAUCGUAUCUUCUGUCAUUUGUAUUAUAAUGACCUAAUUUAAUAUAUUUCAGGCUUUGGAGUCAUGGUUGGGACAUGUGGCUGUAUUGUCCUCUUCCCAUUGACUCAUCAUUGACCCGUGCAGCGUUCACGUGCUAGUUGGAACUAGGAAACUCAGACAUGUUUGACUUGCUAACUGGUUGAACAGGGCAUGUGUAUAACUACAACCAGUUAGCAAAUCAAACAUGUCAGAGUAACCUAGUUCCGACUAGCAUGUGAACGCAGCUUCAUGCUGUUUAUGAAUAACUUCCUGGUUCAGCAGGAUGGCAUCUGGACUGUCAGUGAGCAAUGGAGGAAGUAGACCCAGGGACAAAUAUUUUGUAAAA